AUGCUCCAAAGUCUCGUCACCAUGGCCUCCCUCGGGGCCAUGGCUCUCGCUGCCCCCCAGUCCCUGCCUCCUCAGGCUCUCGUCCAGCUGUCCAAGCGAGACACGGCUUACAACGCCAGCCUGCCCAACAUCACCAUCUUCGCCACAGGCGGCACCAUUGCCGGCAGCGCAGGUUCCCAGUCGCAGACCACGGGGUACCAGGCGGGCGCCCUGGGCGUGGACGUGCUGAUCGACGCCGUCCCUGAGCUGGCCAACGUUUCCAAUGUUCACGGCGUGCAGGUGACGAGCGUGGACAGCAACGCCAUCACAGAUGCAGUGCUGCUCAACAUGAUGCGGCUAGUGUCCGAGGCGCUCGACGACCCGACGGUCCAGGGUGUGGUCGUGACACACGGCACAGACACCCUCGAGGAGUCGGCCUUCUUCCUCGACUUGACUCUCAACAGCUCCAAGCCCGUGGUAAUGGCAGGUUCCAUGCGGCCCGCCACAGCCAUCAGCGCCGACGGGCCCAUAAACCUCCUCGAGGCUGUCACGCUCGCGGGUAGCGAUUCCGCGAGGGACAGGGGCGUCAUGAUCGUGCUCAACGACCGCAUCGUCAGCGCGUGGUUCGCCUCCAAGACCAACGCCAACGCAAUGGACACCUUCAAGGCGUACGAGGCGGGCUUCCUGGGCGAGUUCAUCAACGUCAAGCCCGUCUUCUACUACGCCCCCUCGACGCCCGUCGGCAAGACCUACUUCGACGUCGCGGACGCGGAGAAGCUGCCGCAGGUGGACGUGCUCUACGGGUACCAGGGGCUGGAUGCCUCGCUCGCCAGAUCCGCGGUGGAGAUCGGCGCCAAGGGCCUGGUCCUGGCCGGCGUCGGGGCCGGCGGGUGGACGGACGAGGGGCUGAAGGUUGUCGAGGGGCUGAUUGCUGACAACGGCACCCAGGUCGUUAUGUCGCGGAGAACUAUGGAUGGGUAUGUCGAGCCCAAGGGCGUCGAGGGCAUGUACGGCGGCGGGUUCCUGAGCCCGCAGAAGGCGAGGAUCUUGCUCCAGUUGGCUCUCAAUGCUGGUUACACGAGUGAGGACAUGAAGGCUGUCUUUGAGUAUGAUAGCUAA